GGGGAGAUAUCCGUCCAAUCACGCUUCAUCUGUCCGACAGCACUUCCGGUUGAGGUCCAUGCUCUAUCUGUGCUUACUCGAAUUAUACACGUUUUGUCGCAGUUUAAGAGUAUAUUAUCCCAUGGCCAAAGACAAAUCUUUGACAAAGCCGCCUAAAAGGAAGAAGUUGAGUUCAAAUGUCAGCGAGGUUCAUGAAGAAGAAAUGAUGGACACUAAAGUAAAAAAGAAAAGGAAAAAGAUGGAAGUAGAGGAGGCUCCAGUACAGAUUCCUCAUAUGACAAUCACAGCAGAUGAUAAAAAACAGAAAAAGGAAAAGAAACACAAAAAGAAACAAAGGACAGAGCAAACACAGAAGACAAAGCAAAGUGAGAUUUCCAAUCCACCCAAUCGCCCGGAGGGGACACACGAGCUGGAGGGAGAGGAGGACUUAAGUACCGAGGAGAAGCGUGUCCUGGAGAGGAAGAUGAAGAAGAUCCUGAAAAAGGAAGAGAAGAAGAGGCUUAAAGCUGAGGGAGAGACCUUACCGAAAACUGAGGCAUCUGGACCCAUUGCACCUCAGCAGGCCUUAAAUUACCUCACCUGCUGGGCUGAGAACCGCGCAGAGUGGAAAUUCCAGAAGACCAGGCAGACGUGGUUACUGCAGCACAUCUUUGACUCCCAACAGAUUCCAGACGAGAAGUUCUCCGUGCUGCUCCAGUACCUGGAGGGGCUUCGUGGAGGAGCCAAAGACAUCACAGUGCAGAAGGCCUUAGUGCAGGUCGAGGAGUCGGGACAAGCACCAGAGGACACAGAUGUCCAGCAGAGGGCGCACAGAGCCAGAGAAGUUAUCCAGCUGCUCUCCUGAACCCACCACCAUCAAUCAAAAUGAAGCCCACUAGAAAAAGACUGAAACAUGUUUGUUGGUCAGUGGACUGAAUGACCGCCGUGGUCUCAAGCUAGGUUUAAAACGUGAUUUAUAUGUAGUUUUUUGGACUGGUCCUUAAGGGGGAAGGAUGGGUUUUGAUUGUAAUUGUAAGGUGCACAGUUGAGACACUAUAUACAUAUGAAAAAAUAAGUGGUUUUAUAUACUGUGUGAUAUGCAGGGUUAUUGCACAUUAUUUGAAUAUUGUCCAAUAGUGGCGAUCAUAUUCAAUGAGUAAUAGAUUUGACAAUGAAAGGGCACAUUAUGGGCAGAGAAAUGAAGAUGCAACAGAAUGCUGAGAGACUUGGAGUUAAAGUGUCAGGAAUGUUUGUAGUCAAGACAUCUUUAUGUGUGUCAAAGCCCCAUAAUCUCUGAAGUCACUUUUCUCAUCCAUUCAAGGUAUAAGCAUAGUUUAGUUUUAGUUCUUCUCUUCUUUCCAGCCCAGUAGUUCAAAAUUCAUACAUUUGUGGGAUUAAUGUAGACCUAUUCUUAAACUAAAUCCGUCUCAUUAUGUGUGGGUGUGGUCGUCCAUAAUAUCCAUAUAGCCAAGCUUUGUUGUACCCAUAAUUCACAUCUCAUCCAUGCCCAAAGCAUAUAUACAGUAGGUACUGUAUAGGAGCAGCUGCCAGUUGUGGUUGCUGGAUCAGAGAGAAUGUAGGCCCUCGCCACCACAAAGGUACAUUUUCAGGUUAUACACUUUUCAGGUGAAACAACUGAGUCGCUAUGUGCUUGUGACAUCACUUCGUGAAUUUAUAAAAAUAACCAAUUGCAGUACUCUUAAUAUCCCAGAGACAUAAAUAACAUAAGCCUAUCUGUUAAUCCUAUUUUUUGGUCUGACACACAUACACACAAAACACCAGUUAUUUCAUAAAAUGCUUUAUGUCCUGUCCAUUAAAAAAUAAAUCCAGUUAUACUGUUAUGUUUUCUCAUAGUGUCUCCUACCUGGCAAAAGGUAUCCAGUUUUUCAGUGCACCAACCAAAUACAGUAUAAAUCUUCACCUGUAACAGUGUUUAGGAACUUAAUUUUAUCAUAAGUGUUAACCUGCUGAAGACUCAAAUGUUGAAACAUAAAUACAUUAAACUUUUCCCCCUCUCGAAACUUUAUUAAAAAAAGUUUAUUCUCAA